CGAAGGGUCCACAUCAUUCUUGUGAGUCCACUCUUGUUCAUUCUCGCAAACCAGUGGAUAAAAAAAAAAAAAAACUUAACAUUGUUUACGAGUGUUUAACAAUAUUUAUAAAUAAAAGUGAAUAUUUUUUGAGUGAUUAUAUAAAUAAAUUGGAAAAUAAACUCAAAUUUUAUAAUAAUCAAUUAAAAAAAAAAUAAACUGUGUGUUAUUGUGAAAAUAAACUGAUUUUUUUUUUUUUGAAAUUAAAAUAAAGUGUGUGUUAGUGUAAAAAUAAACUAAAAUAAUAAAAAAUAUAGAAGUUUAAUUAUAAAAAGUGUUUAAAAAUGGUUAAUAUGGAAUUAUCACGUGAACAACAAACAAUGACUGCAUCAUCAUCACCACCACCAGCACCACAAGCACGUCUUAAGAGCAAUUUUAGUAUUCGGAGUAUUCUACCAGAAGCGACGGGUGAAAUAUCAAGUAAUCAAUCAUCAACAUCAUCACCAGAUGCAUCACCAAUACCAUCACCACUUUGUGAUAGUGGUGAUGAUUCAAGUGAUCUUGAUGUUACUGGCGACGGUAGUGAAACACCACCACUUGAUUGUUCACGUAAUGCAGCAACAUCAAGUCCAACAAAUGAAAAUUCAACUGAACAAAAUGAAGAAAAGAAAAAAAAUGAAAAACCACCAUACAGUUAUAAUGCUCUUAUUAUGAUGGCUAUUCGUCAAAGUCCAGAAAAACGUUUAACACUAAAUGGAAUAUACGAAUAUAUUAUGCGUAAUUUUCCUUAUUACGAAAAUAAUAAACAAGGAUGGCAAAAUUCAAUUCGUCAUAAUCUUUCAUUGAACAAAUGUUUUGUUAAAGUUCCACGUCAUUAUGAUGAUCCUGGUAAAGGUAAUUACUGGAUGCUUGAUCCAAGCUCUGAAGAUGUUUUUAUUGGUGGUACAACUGGUAAACUCCGUCGUCGUACAACAGCAGCAUCAAGAUCACGUCUUGCUGCAUUCAAACGUGGUGCUGUAUUAGGAGGUUAUUAUACAACACCAUAUAAUUUAACACCAGGUUGGCCUGGUUCAAUUUAUCCAUCAUUGCCUUAUCAUUUACAUCGUGCUGCUGGUUAUCCAACACCAGGUAAUAGUUUUGGUCCACCAGCUGGUUAUCCAGCAAAUCUUUUGCCUGGUUCACCUAAUGUUUCAACUGCAUCAACAUUACCAUGUAGACCUCAUGCAGUUAAUCCAAAUUUACCACCAACAAGUGUACCAAAUCACGGUGGUUUUUCUAUGGAUAGAUUACUUCAAAGACCAACUGCUUAUCCAAGUGGUUUACCAACUCCAUCAUUGCCUUUAUCAGCUCAAUAUGAUUUUUAUGCAACAUUGAGAAAUAUUGCUGUACAACAGCAACAACAACAGCAACAAAAUCAACAUCAUCCAUUUGCUUAUCAUCAUUUACCACAACAACAACCAAUUCAACAUAUGACAAGUAGACCGUCAUCAACAACAGCAUCACCAGGUAGUAGUCCUGAGCCUACAUCAUCUCCUGUACCACCCAUGUACAUUUCAAAUAUUAAUAAUUUAAAAAAAAUACAUCCUAAUUUAUCGUGAGUACACAAUUUAAGCAAAAAAAAUAUCAAAUGAAUAGUGUGCUGUGAAUUAAAUUGCAAAUUAAAUGAGUUGUGUAAUAAAAAUUUGUGAUAAUGUGAUUUUAAAUUAUAAUUAUUUUUUUUUUUUUUUCUUUUACCUAUAUUUUAUUAUAUCAUUGGUUCAACGCUCUUUUUAUAAACUGGAUAAAUAAACAUUUGGAUUUUAAAAAAGAAAAAAUAUAAAAAAAAAAAAAAUUACGCUGAUGCAAAAAUUAUGUUUUUAAAUAAAA